AUCUCUCUCUCUGUUUUUCACAGUCUCAUCUCCGUUCCUACACGCCGCGAAAGGCUUUAGCUGAUAGUGAGAGGGAGAGAGGGAAAUGGAGAAAGCUAAGGGGAGAAAGGAGGAGGUUGUCACCAGGGAGUACACUAUCAAUCUCCACAGGCGUCUCCAUAGCUGCACUUUCAAGAAGAAGGCACCAAAUGCCAUAAAGGAGAUCAGGAAGUUCUCAGAGAAAGCAAUGGGAACAAAAGACGUAAGAGUUGAUGUGAAGCUCAACAAGCAGAUAUGGAGCAGAGGAAUCCGAGGUCCGCCGAGGAGAAUCAGAGUGCGCGUUGCCCGGAAGAGGAACGAUGGUGAAGAUGCAAAGGAAGAGUUUUACUCACUCGUCACUGUGGCUGAGAUUCCAGCAGAAGGUUUGUCUGGUUUGGGAACCAGAGUCAUCGAGGAAGACGAGUGAUUUGCUUAUCCCACUAUUGCACCUUUUGUUUCAUCCAAAAGACAGACAAAGAUUUUAUUUCAUUAAUGGUGAAGUUUUAUAUAUAGUCGUUUCGUGAUC